AUGACAAAGCGUAUGAGAGCACACAAGGUUGAAGAUCCAGCAGUGAUGAACUUGGUUGACACAAUGUACGCUAGUCAUGUCCCCUACCCCAACGUUAUGUGUGUCCUACGAAACAUUGCGGGUGGAGCUGAGAAUCUGCAUUUGACUGAGAGGGACAUCCAGAAUAGGCGAGCUGCGCAUGUUAGAGAAGAACGAAUGGAUGAUAUACCAAAGUUGCUGGCCAUCUUUAGAGAGUGUAAAACCAAUAAUCCAGAAUUCUUUUGUGAGUUCCAACUUGAUGAGAAGAAUGUUGUGAAGAAUGUGUUUUGGAGCCACGCCAGUCAGCAGGGUGACUAUGCAGAUUACUCUGGUGUGGUUACAUUCGACACAACAUAUCGAACAAAUCAAUAUAGCAUGCCUCUGGCUAUGUUUGUUGGAUUCAACAACAAAUUGCAAAAUGUCGUUUUUGGGCAAGCAUUACUGAGAGAUGAGAGAGCAGAUACAUUUGACUGGUUGUUUAGGCAAUUUAGAGCUUGUAUGGUGGGCAAGGAUCCUGUUGGUAUCUUCACUAGACUAUCUGAUACUUUGACAUCUAUUGUAAAUCAUCCUCUUAGACCAGUUGAGUUUGAGGAAGCAUGGGCUGCGAUGCUUGAUAAAUAUGCAGUUCAUGAGUCUAAGGUGCUGAUGAAUUUAUAUGAUGAGAGGCAAAUGUGGAUAGGUGCAUACUUCAAGGAUAUAUUAUGUGGCAUGAUGACUUCAAUGCAGAGGAGUGAGAGUGUAAAUUCUGCCGUUAAGCAUUGUUAUUGUGACAAUUCAAUAGCAAUACAUGAAUUUGUCAAGUCUUUUCUGGAGCUUUUGGCAGACAAUAAGGAGAAUGAGGCAAAGGAGGAGUUCAAUUCUCAGGCCCCGGUUGUUACAUCAACAUUUUAUGGCAUUGACAAUCAGUUGAGUAGAGUGUACACCAGUGUUGUGUACAAGGCUGUAGUGAAUGAGAAAAUUCCUGAGGAAUCAGAAUUCAAUUGUGAGUGCAUGAGGAUUGAGCACACAGGCAUGUUUUGCCCGCAUCUUUUGUGUGUGCUUACAAACCUACAAAUGGCGCAUAUCCCGUCCCGGUAUAUCCCCAAAAGAUGGGGACACUACAGCAAGCCGCAUGCUGGAGUUGAUUCCUGA